ACUAAAGACGCGCGCAUACGCAUUGGCGGUCGGCGCGGAUAAUUAACGACCCAUGUGAACCCUUCGAAGGGAAGGCUGGAGUUUUUUUUAUCUAUAACCGCCAUCCACUCGCUCCAGCCAGCUCUAUUCCUUGUCGAUGGCAACUGCACUUCACCGAUGUUCUUUCAAACUCGCCAUCACCGCCGAGUCGACUCCACUCGACGCGCCAAAGAAGAAGAAGAAGAAGAACGAAGCGGCGUUCAAGGAGACGAAGCAGGGUUUCGUGGACUACGAUGGCGGCAAGCACGAAGUCUCCACCCGGCUGAGUGGGCUCCGCAAGAAUGACAUUCCUCAGCGCUAUCGCUUGCGAGUAGAAGGCAGACGCUUCCAGAAGGACUGGACGGUGUCUGAGGUGGUGGACAUGGUUUUGAUGCUGAAUCUGUCGGAGGAUAUCGAGGGACUCCUGAAUCGCUGGGUUGGACGCUUUGCUCGGAAGAAUUUCCCUGUGCUUAUUCGGGAGUUGGUUCGAACGGGAUCUAUUGAGCACUGUAAUCUAGUGUUCCGCUGGAUGAAAAAUCAGAAAAAUUACUGUGCUCGAACUGAUAUAUAUAAUAUGAUGAUAAGGUUAAAUGCUAGGCAUAAUCGAACGGAUCAGGCGCGUGGAUUGUUUUUUGAGAUGCAAGAAUGGAGGUGCAAGCCUGAUGCGGAGACUUACAAUGCUCUUAUCAAUGCUCAUGGGCGAGCAGGACAAUGGCGUUGGGCUCUGAAUAUCAUGGAAGACAUGCUUCGUGCAGCUAUUCCACCAACCCGAUCAACAUAUAACAACUUGAUUAAUGCUUGUGGAUCUAGUGGAAAUUGGAAAGAAGCUCUUAAUGUUUGCAAGAAAAUGACAGACAACGGAAUUGGGCCUGAUCUUGUUACUCACAAUAUUGUGUUAUCAGCAUUAAAAAGUGGGGCUCAGUAUUCCAAAGCUUUGUCUUAUUUUGAACUAAUGAAGGGAACUAACAUUCGUCCAAACACAAUUACGCUUAAUAUUGUGAUUCAUUGUCUAAUAAAGCUUCAACAAUAUGAGAAAGCUUUUGUCAUUUUCAAUUCCAUGAAGGAAAAGAGGUCAGAAUGUCACCCUGAUGUUGUCACAUUCACUAGCAUCAUUCACUUGUAUUCUAUGUGUGGACAAGUCGAAAAUUGUGAGGCUGUGUUCAAUACAAUGCUGGCAGAAGGGUUAAAACCUAAUAUUGUAUCAUAUAAUGCACUAAUUGGUGCAUAUGCCGCUCAUGGGAUGGACAAUAAAGCAGAGUUGGUUUUUAAUGAGAUAAAACAAGCUGGUCUGCGCCCAGAUGUUGUCUCCUAUACAUCUCUGCUUAACGCUUAUGGAAGAUCUCAAAAACCCCAAAAGGCAAGGGAAGUAUUUGAAAUGAUGAAGAAAAACAACUGCAAGCCCAACCUUGUUAGCUACAAUGCGCUGAUUGAUGCCUAUGGAUCUGGUGGUUUGUUAGCAGAUGCUGUUGAAGUGUUGCGUGAGAUGGAGCAAGAUGGAAUUCAGCCAAAUGUUGUCUCAAUAUGCACCCUCUUGUCGGCAUGUGGACAAUGCAACAAGAAGGUGAAGAUUGAUACGGUGCUUUCAGCAGCUGAGAUGCGGGGUAUUGAACUGAACGCAGUUGCAUAUAAUUCAGCAAUCGGAAGUUACAUGAGUGUGGGAGAAUAUGACAAAGCUGUAGGCUUCUAUAAUUCCAUGAGGAAGAAAAAAGUUAAGCCUGAUUCUGUUACUUUCACUGUGCUCAUCAGCGGUUGUUGCAAGAUGUCAAGAUACAGUGAGGCACUCUCUUUUUGGGAAGAUAUGAUGCAUCUAAAACUUCCUUUGUCCAAAGAGGUCUAUUCAUCUGUCAUAUGUGCCUAUAGCAAACAGGGUGAACUCACAGAAGCAGAAUCUACAUUUGACUCGAUGAAAAAGUCAGGCUAUUACCCUGAUGUGGUUACAUAUACUGCAAUGCUUCAUGCAUACAGUGCUGCAGGUCAUUGGGAAAAAGCAUAUGCACUUUUCGAAGAAAUGGUUACAAAUGACAUCAAACUAGAUGCUAUUGGUUGUGCUGCUCUGAUGAGAGCUUUCAAUGAAGGAGGCCAACCCAGGAGGGCUUUGAAUCUGGCAGAAAGCAUGAGAGAGAAAGAGAUUCCAUUUACUGAUGCCAUUAUCUUUGAAUUAAUAUCUGCAUGUAGCUUGCUACGUGAUUGGAGGACAGCUGGUGAACUAAUUAUCUAUAUGGAGCCCUUCCUUGCUGUAGCUUCAGUUGGACUUAUUAAUCAGUUCCUGCAUUUUUUAGGAAAAAGUGGAAGGACUGAGACUAUGAUGCAGUUGUUCUACAAGAUGGUUGCUUCAGGUGCUGAAAUUAGCUUUAGCACUUAUUCUGUUUUACUGAAGAACCUUAUAUCCUCUGGAAAUUGGAGGAAGUGCUCAGAGGUCCUGCAAUGGAUGGAAGAUGCAGGAAUUUGUCCCUCAUGUGAAAUGCACUACGAUAUAUCCUCAUUUGCACGGAAAAGCUGUGGAGCUGAAAGUGCUGCUGUCAUAAAAGAAAGACUUGAAUCAUUGAACAGGAAAUUUAGGGAUCAAACGCCCACAGGACAGUCGUCCGGAUCUCAUCUUUUAAGUUGAUCACUAACCAUGGAACAGUUUUACAUCACCGCAACCUGUGUUUCUAGCCUUCCGCAAGAUUUGCAUUUAAAAGCUUGAAGAAUGUUAGUCUAGUAGAUGUGAAGUUGAUGUAAGGGAUAGCUGCCGUUUAUUUAUUAUGAUGCUGGGAAGAAUUAUCCCGGGGAAAGUUGACGGGAUUUUGUUUGACCUGCUCAGUCUGUAUAUACGUUUCUCAACUGCAUUGAUGUACAACUGAUGAGUUGUUUGUAAAAUGUAGCUUCUGGCAUAGCACUUGAAUCACACCUGAACUUGAGACUUCUUGCAGAUCAGACCAGAUUUUGCUCCCCGGAGAUAUGAGAUGAAUAAAAUUCUAUUAUAGUCGAA